GUGAAUUUAAAGCGGAGUCGCGGCARUUGCUAGCGAGUCACAUAUCAAAACAACUGUAAGGACAGCGAUAACCUGAGAGGUUCUACAGCGUUUCACACGAUUUAUAGAGAUAUAAUGGCAAACCCAAUAUUUGCCGAGCAAGAAAAUGUUUUUCUUGCACCUCCAAAGAUGCGAGAGAGACUUCAMUCUGCUCCAGAGAAACCCUUGAAGUCUGAGCCUACAAAAACUCUUACAACCCCUCUGCAAUCAAACCGCAAAGCUUUUGGAUUGGUGAACAAAAAGAUUUCCACCCCGGCUGUCGCUGCACAAGAGAAGAAACUUCUAAAGCCACAGGAAACAAAGGYCAAASUUGCUCCUCAGACCAAAACAGAGGAAUAUCCUGAUAUUGAGCAGUUUAUCCCUUACGACCCAUUAGAGUUUGAGAAGUACAGUUUUCCAGAGGACUUGAUUCCUCUUAGUGGCUUGGCUCUUCCUGGACUGGCCUGUUUUCCACAAACUCUUCCUGAUCCAUGUGAGGACGACCUCAAAAUCUCUCCCCUCCCAAACCCAUCGCCUGUAAAGAUGCCAAAACGUUCAGAUGACCGCUUGGAGCUGGAAGCCUUCCUUCAAACUCUYGAUGAGCUGACCAUCGAGCUUCCUCCAGAAUCUCCUGACUUUUAAUGACUUGUUUUGUUUAUUGUUGUGUUUGAGUGAAAUAAAGUUUACUGUUCUUA